AUGGAGCCUGAGGACCUGCCGUGGCCCGGCGAGCUCGAGGAGGAGGAGGAGGAGGAGGAGGAGGUGGCGGAGGAGGUACCCGAGGAGGUGGCGGAGGAGGUACCUGAGGGGCUGGCGGAGGAGGCGGAGAACUUGGACGAAGAUGAAGUGUUGAUGGUGGAGGACGUAGAGGAGGAGGAGGAGGGUCGGGAACUGGACGCGGACUUAAACUACGAGAGCCAGCCUCCGGAGAGUACGGACGACGAGGAGGAUGAGGAGGACGAGGAGGCGAUGGCCUGGCUGCAGGCACACCCCGGCCGGAGUUUGCCUCUGUCGUCGCUCCGGAAGCACCGCUACUCCGAGGCCGAGCGGACCGCCUCGGAGAAGAGACCAGAAUCUUGGCAUUUUCUUCCUCAAGAAAUCGAUUCUUCCCAUACCAUGGACACAACCCAGACCAGGAUUAAUAUGAGAGAGGAACGGAUGGAAGUGACAGAAUUCCCCUCUGUGGAGGAAGGUAUAUUGACCCAAUCAGAAAAUCAAGUAAAGGAACCCAACAGAGAUCUCUUCUGUUCUCCAUUGCUAGUCAUACAAGACAGCUUUGCUUCUCCUGAUUUGCCUUUGCUGACAUGUUUGACAGAUCAGGAGUUUGGGCCUGAUUCCUUAUUUCACCAAAAUGAGCUAAGUUUUGCACCUCUGAGGGGAAUUCCUGGUAAGUCUGAAGACACCGAAUGGUUUUCUCGACCAUCGGAAGUUAGUGAAGCUUUAUUCCAGGCAACCUCAGAAGUAGCUUCAAACUUUGGUAACAGCCGCUUUAGUGUAUCUCAGCACCCACUUAUAGGUACUACAGCUGUUGAGCCUCAAGACUCUUUUUUACCUGGUGAACAAGGAACCAAAGAAGAGACCAUUUCAUCUGAUAUAGCUGAUAAACUGAAAACGCCCAAAGACUCUGAUAGUUAUGAUGCUCUUCGUGCAUAUAUGUCAUGGAAGACACAAGAAGUUACACAGGAACCAGAAACCAAUUUAGCUGGUAAAGAUCAAGUUUCUUUUUCAACUUCAUCUGAUACAAGUGAUGAAUAUAUAACUUCUAAAGAAAGUGACAGUUUUGAUGCUGCUUGUUCAUACGUGCAAUAUUGGAAACAAGAAGCUAUACAGCAGUCAGAAAAAUAUUUAACCAGUGAGGACCAUGAUUUUUGUUCAGAUUCAUCUGAUACAGUUGAUAAAAAUAAAAUUUCUGAGGGAAGUGACAAUUUCAGUGCCCCUUUUUCACGUAUGUCAUGGAGCAAACAAGUUUCCUACCAUCCAGAAACAUGUCUAAUCAGUAAGGACUGUGUUUCUUUUGCACAUGAAGCUGCUCCCCAUUUUAGUAAUACAGUGUCAUAUUCUUUCUUGCAUUGCUUGUUGGAAAAAAGAAGGAAAAGGGUUCCCUUGGUGUCUGAUAGUUAUUUUCAGAGUGUUUAUUUAAGGGCUCCAGCUGAGAAUGAGUUGACACAAAAGAUGGAUUCUUUGGAGGGUUAUGAAAGAAAUGAAGAAGGUCUGGGGAAAGACUUAUAUCAAUGUUUUGAACUAAAGGAGAAUAGCAAUACUUUGGCAUUUUCAGAGGUUCCUCCCAGAUCUUCAGAAAUACGGUAUAUUGAUAAUGUUGUAGUUAUUGAUCAUUCUGUAAAAGUUUCAGAAACACAUGUACUCUCCAGGGGACAUGAUACCUCUAAGGUAGAGGCUUCUGGUUGUCCUCUUCAGACUAUUACAUCCAACUUAGGUGAGACAUCAGAAGAACUGUAUUUUCAAGGGGAAAGAAACCAAAAGGCAAGUUCUGCUUUUGGUGAGAAAAAUUUUAAUGCUACUGAAAAUGUAGCCUUUGAGGCAGUUAUUGCCUCUAUUGAGCCUUCCAAGAAAGAGAGUACAGUACAUGAAAUCCAAACUGCCAUCAAUAAAUGUUUAACAAACGACAGCCAAGAAAGGGAUCCCCAAAAUUCAGAGCUUUCCCUAUUCAGUUAUAAUAAAAACUCUUUCUUUGAUAAAUUUAGUCACCCACUAUGUCAUUCUACUCCUGGAGUGUUUGAACCAGCAGCUUCAAAACCAUUAUUGCAUAAAAAAGAUGAUUAUGUUAGCUCCCUGUACUGGCAUUCUAAUUUAAAUUCGCUCCCCAAUGCUCCUCAGGAAGUGUUCAUUAAGCCACCUUCUUUUAUUCCAAAGCUUAAUUCAGAGCUUAAUUCAUCUGCUUCAUUAAGUGGAAAAUCUCACAGACAGGUUGUUGGUCUUUGUAAAACACCAUCAGCUUUAUUUCAGUGUGAUAUAGACAAUGAACCAUUUCUUCCAGUUGGGAAGACAAAGUCUGUUCCUGCUCUUGACCUUGCAGAGAAGGUAGGAUCUUCACACAUGUAUCCACUGAAAGCUUCAACUUCAGAUUCGUUGUCUUUACAAGAUUCAAAGCAGCAAACAUUUGAAGAAGUUGCAGAUUCCUCAAGCUAUAUUUUGGCGGGCCUGCAGGGAAAGGCUGAAUCUGACAUCUGUACCCUGGGUGAUGAUACUGAAUGCUGUAGCCUAGAUGAAAAUGCUGUUACAUGCAGUGAAAGAGUUGCUGAACUACAAAGAGAGAUAUGUGACCAAAGUGACUCGACUGGUGAGUGCAUUGAGCUAGCAGGCUUAGAAAAUUUGCUUGAUGAUCUAGAGAUUUGUGACAGCUCCCUGCGCUGGGAGCCUGCUUUGCAACUACCAUCCAAGGAAGAUAGCUGUUUUGAAGAGUCUGUAGGUCAUUCUAAUAUGGACAUUAAUCAGUCUUUUUCACCUGUAUUGCCUCCAUUUGUUCAUGAGCCAGCCAGAGAGUUGGAAUAUCACUCUUCAGAUCUCAGAAUGUUGAGGAUAUCUCCUCAGAUUGUGCCUAAGACUCUCAAACAUUUAUCAGGAGAUACUUCUAAAGGAGGCAUAACUGAAAUUACUCAAUCCAACUUGAAACCAGGCAUCACUACCACUCCUGGAGAUUCACACAUUGGAUCUCAUUUACCCUUGUCCCCUGUAAGGUCUUCUGUGGAGAAUACCAUUGAUCAACAUAUUGAUACUCUCAACCAACAGAUAUUGGCAGAUGGUCAUGUAACUGAAGAGACACUAAAUGUUUCAGCUAUUCCUGAACUAGCUGACCAAAAUACUGGCAUAUCUACAAUCCCUUCAGGUUCCAACACACAAGGAGAGAAGCCCAGUAUUUUCUACCCACAGGCCUUGGGAAACAGUCAUCAAACUGAAGAGGCUCUAAGAGUUUCAGCUGUUUCUGGACCUGCUGACCAGAAGACUGAGAAAACAACAGUACCUUCUAGUUCAUAUAGAGAGAAGCACAUUAUUUUGUCCCAGCAACAGCUGCCAGGCAGUCAUCUAGUAACCGCUUCUUCUUUCUCACAUGGAGAGAAGUCCCAUAUUUUUUUUCAACAGACAUUGCCAGAAAGUCUUGUAACUGAACAGUCUCAGCAAGUUUCACCUGUUUCUGUAUUUGCUGACCAGAAGACUGGGAUACCAAUAGUAACCUCUACUCCUUACUCACAUAGAGAACAGCCCCGUAUUUUCUAUCAACAGACAUCGCCAGAAAGUCAUCCAACUGAACAACCUCAGCAAGUUUCAGCUGUUCCUGGACCAGCUUACCAAAAGACUGGGAUACCAACAACACUCCCUACUUCCUACUCACAUAGAGGGAAGACUGGUUUUUUCUAUCAGCAGGAGUUGCCAGACAGUCAUCUAAUUGAACAGGCUCAGAGAAUUUCAGCUAUUCCUGGACCAGCUGACCAGAACACUGUGAUACAAACAGUAUCCUCUAGUUCCUACUCACAUAAAGAGAAACCCAUUAUUUUUUACCAGCAGGAGUUUCCAGAUAGUCAUCUAACUGAAGAGGCUCUAAAAGUUUCAGCUAGUCCAGGACCAGCUGAGCAGAAUACUGGGAUACCAACAGGGUCCUCUGGGUCCUACUCAUUUGAAGAGAAGCCCAGUAUUUUCAAACAGCAGACAUUAUCAGAUAGUCAUCUAAUUGAAGAGGCUCUGAGAGUUUCAUCUGCUCCCAGACCAGGUGACCAGACGACUGGUAUACUAACAGUACCCUCUAGUUCCAACUCACAUAAAGAGAAGCCCAAUAUUUUCUACCAACAGGAGUUGCCAGAUAUUCAUUUAACUGAACAAGCUCAGAAAGUUUCAACUAUUUCUGGAUCAGCUGAGCCGAAGACUGUAAUACCAACCAUAGCCUCUAUUUCUUACUCAUAUAGAGAGAAGCCCAUUUUCUACCCACAGGGCUUGGCAGACAGUCAACUACCUGAAGAGGCUCUGAAAGUUACAGUUGUUCCUGGACCAGCUGACCAGAAGACUGGAUUACCAUCAGAACCUUCUAGUUUUUACUCUCAUAGAGAGAAGCCUAUUAGUUUCUAUCAACAGGCCUUACCAGACAUUCAUCUCACUGAAGAGGCUCUGAAAGUUUCUACCAUUUCUGGACAAGCUGAUCAGAAGACUGAGAUACCAACAGUACCUUCUACUUCCUACCCACAAAGAGAUAAGCACAUUAUUAUCUCUCCACAAGCCUUGCCAGAUAGUCAUCUACUUGAAGAGGCUCCAAAACUUUCAGCUGUUCCUGGACCAGAUGACCAGAAGAGUGGGUUACCAUCAGAACCUUCUAGUUCCUACGCACAUAGAGAGAAGCCCAUUAUUUUCUUCCAACAAGAGUUGCCAGAUAGUCAUCUAACUGAAGAGGUUCUGAAGGUUUCAGCUGCUUCUGGAACAGGUGAUCGGAAAACUGGGAUACCAACAUUACCUUUAAGGUCCUACUCACUUGGAGGGAAGCCCAUUAUUUUCUACCAUCGGGCCUUAGCAGAUAGACAUCUCAAUGAAGAGGCCCUGAAUGUUUCAGCAUCUGGACCAGCUGAGCAGAAGACUGGAAUACCUACAACAUCCUCUACUUCCUACCCUCCUAGAGAGAAGCCCUUUAUUUUCUACCCACAAGUCUUGCCAGAUAGUCAGCUAACUGAAGCGGCUCUGAAAGUUUCAGCUGUUCCUGGACCAGGUGACCAGAAUACCAGAAAACCAACAGUAACCUCUGCUUCGUAUUCACAUAGAGAGAAGCCUAGUAUUUCUUAUCAGCAGGAGUUACCAGGCAGUCAGCUAACUGUAGAGGCUCUGAAAGUUUCAGGUAAAUUUUCACAGGGAUUACCAGACAAACAUCUAACUGAAGAUGCACUGAAGGUUUCAGAGAUUUCGGGACCAACUGACCAGACAAUUGUGUUACCAACAGCUCCUCCUAGUGUUUUUUCACACAGAGAGAAACCAGAUACAUUCUAUCAACAGGAUUUGCCAGAUAGACAUCUAUAUGAAGAUGCCCUAAAGUUCUCAGGUGGCCUUGGGCAAGCUGAUCAGAUUACUGGGUUAUCAACAGUUCCCCUUGCUGCUUAUUCACACAGUGAGAAGCACAAACUUGUCUCGGAUCAUGUCCAAAAGCUAAUAGAUAAUUUGGAUUCUUAUAACUCUAGUAUUAUCUUGAACAAUAUGCCUUUAAAUUCUCAGGCUGAUCGGAGAGUUGUAAUAAAUAAGCCAGAGCCUUCAGAUUUUGACAAUGUUGGCUUAGAAGUAUCCCAGGAUACAGAAAAUGAUUCUAAAACCCUUAAAGAGAUUCAGACACUUUUAAUGGAGGCAGAAAAUAUAGCACUGAAACGAUGCAAUUUUCCUGUUCCCCUUGUCCCCUUCAGAGAUGUUAGUGAUAUUUCACUUAUUCAUUCUAAGAAGGUGGUUAGCGUCAAAGAACCCCCUACAGCUGAUGAAUAUAAUGUUGAUUUGCUCCAGAGACAGCCAUUCACAGAGGAAAGUCCAAGCAACAAGUGCAUACAGAAGGAAAUUAGCACACAGACGAACCUAAAAUGCCAGAGAGGCAUUGAAAAUUGGGAGUUUAUUCAUUCAACUACAGUUAGAAGUCCUCUACAGGAAGCAGAAAGUAAAGCCAGAGUGGAAUUAGAUGAAACCCUUAGACAACAUAAAGCAGCCAACUCUGUAAUGAGAUCUGAACCUGAAGGGUGCAGUGGAACCAUUGGGAAUAAAAUUCUGAUCCCUGUGAUGACUAUCAUACAAAGUGAUUCAAGUAGUGAUGCAAGUUCCUGCUCAUGGGACAGUAAUUCCUUAGAGUCAGUUUCCGAUGUUCUUCUAAACUUUUUUCCAUACGCUUCACCAAAGACAAGCACGACAGAUAGCAGAGAGGAAGAGCGUAUGUCAGAGAGUGAUGAUGGGGGUGGUAGUAGUGUAGAUUCAUUGGCUGCACAUGUGAAAAACCUUCUGCAGUGUGAAUCCUCAUUGAAUCAUGCUAAACAGAUACUCAGAAAUGCAGAGGAAGAGGAAUGUCGGGUACGAGCACGAGCAUGGAAUCUGAAGUUUAAUAUGGCUCAUGAGUGUGGCUACUCCAUUUCAGAAUUAAAUGAGGAUGAUAGGAGAAAAGUAGAAGAGAUCAAAGCAAAGUCGUUUGGUCAUGGAAGAACAACUGAUUUGUCCAAGGGUUUACAGAGUCCACGGGGAAUAGGAUGCAACCCGGAAACUGUAUGUAGUCACAUUAUUAUUGAGAGCCAUGAAAAAGGAUGUUUUAGGACUCUAACUGCUGAACAACCACAGUUGGACAGCCAUCCCUGUGUGUUCAGAUCUGCUGAACCCUUAGAAAUGCUCAAAGGACAACGGAGCCCAUCAUCAUGGAGAACCAGGCACAUCAACCUUUCCAAAUCACUAGACCAGAGCAACCCCCAUUUUGAAGCUUGGAAUUCCUUGCAGUUACAAAGUCAUUCCCCAUUUCAAAACUUGUUGGCUGAUGACUUCAAAAUUAGCAAGGGCUUUCAAAUGCCAUUCCAUGAAAAGAUGGACCCUUGGCUGUCAGAAUUAGUAGAACCCACUUGUGUGCGACCUGAAGAAAUGGAUUGUCAUUCUUCAUCACAAAUGCUGCCCCCAGAAUCCAUGAAAAAGUUUACUACCUCCAUCACUUUUUCAUCUCACCAACAUUCUAAAUGUUUUUCAGAUUCCUCUGUUGUUAAGGUUGGUGUUACUGAAGGUAGCCAGUGUAGUGGAGCAUCUGUAGGAAUAUUUAAUUCUCAUUUCACUGAAGAGCAAAAUCCUCCUAGAGAUCUAAAACAGAAAACCUCUUCCCCUCCAUCAUUGAAAAUCAUUAGUCAUUCACCAGAUAAAGCUGUGACGAUUUUAGCAGAAAGCAGUAGAAAAGGUAAAUUUUCUGUUGAAUGUUCUCACCAAGAAGAAAAACUCUUAGAAAGACCAGAUUUUAAAGGCAGUCAUUCUGUGCCCAGUACCAGUACAAAUUCUGGAAAAGUUAAGGAAGUUCAUUUUGCUGAUAACCAUACCUUCAUUAAUAUAGACAGACCAAGUUCCACAUUAGGAGUAAAAGAGAAGAAUGUAACUAUAACACCAAAUCUUCCUUCGCGCAUAUUUCUUGAACAACAAGAGCUCUUUGAACAAAGCAAAGUCCCACAUGCAGAUCACCAUGUGAGAAAACACCAGUCUCCCCCUCCUCAACAUCAGGAUUUUGUAGCUUCAAACCUUCCUUGUUUCAUUUUUCUUGAAAAACGAGAACUCUUGGAACUAAGCAAAGCCCCAGAUGUAGAUCACCAGAUGAGAGAAAACCACUCCUCCCUUCCUCAAGGUCAGGAUUAUAUAGCUCCAGACCUUCCUCCUCCCAUUUUUCUUGAGCAACGUCAGCUCUUUGAACAAAGCAAAGCCCCGGAUGUAGAUCACAACAUGAGAAAACAAUCUUCCCCUCUUCCUCAAGGUCAGGAUUCUGUAGUAGAAAACAAUGAUCAACAUAAGCCUAAAUCACACAUUUCUAAUAUGAUAGAUGUUGAAGCCAAGUUAAAUAAGGUGGUCUCCCAAUCAGCCCCAAAUCAAAGUCCAUUAGCAACAUCUUCACCUACAUUAGCAACAUCUUCACCUACAUUAGCAACUUCUUCACCUACAUUAGCAACUUCUUCACCUACAUUAGCAACAUCUUCACCUACAUUAACAACAUCUUCACCUACAUUAGCAACAUCUUCGUGUACAUUAGCAACAUCUUUGCCUACAUUAGCAACAUCUUCACCUACAUUAGCAACAUCUUUAUCAAUACCUACUCCACCUUCAAAUAAAAAAGCACUUUCUUUUGUCCAUAUAACUCUUUCUCCCAAUACUCCAUCCAAGUUGGAUAGUGGAACCUUAGAUAAAAGAUUUGUUUCAUUGGAUCCUGCUUCUAAAAAAAGAAUGAAUAGUGAGUUUAACUCUGAUCUACAAACUAUAUCUUCAAGAUCAUUGAGACCAACCACCAAAUUACUGACCACUAAACCUGUAGCACAGGAUCAAGAGUCUUUAGGUUUUCUAGGACCUAAAUCUUCAUCGGACUUUCAAGUUGUACAGUCUCCUCUUCCAGAUGGUAAUACUAUUACUCAGGACUUGAAAACCAUACCUUCUCAGAAUAGCCAGAUAGUAACCUCAAGGCAAACACAAGUGAACUUUUCAGAUUUGGAAGGAUAUCCCAAUCCAGAAGGGACUCCAGUAUCUGCAGAUCGAUCCUUAAAGGAUAUUAAGCCCCCAUCUUCGGCCUUCUCUGGAAAAUUUUCAUCUGAUGCAGUCACUCAGAUAACAACAGAAAGUCCACAAAAAACCAUGUUUUCAUCUGAGAUUUUUAUUAAUGCUGAAGAUUGUGAACAUGAAAUUCCAGAGCCCAGUACCCAGAAGCUGGACAAAGUUCCUGUCAAGUUUGCUUCCUCAUUUUCAAUCCAGCAAAUUACUGUUCCUCGUGGCACAGACGGAGCCCAGCCUUCCCUGUUGCCAUAUAAGCCUUCUGGUAGUACAAAGAUGUACUAUGUUCCACAAUUAAGUCAAACUCCUUCAUUUCUGGAUUCCAAAUCAGAUACUACCAUCGAGAGCUCACACUCAGGAUCCAAUGAUGCCAUUGCUCCAGACUUCCCAGCUCAGGUGCUAGGCACAAGAGAUGAUGACCUGGCACUCACGGUUAAUAUUAAACAUAAAGAGGGAAUCUAUAGUAAGAGGGCAGUGACUAAGGCACCCCUGUCAACAAGGAAAAAGUACUUUCAGAAAUAUAACACAGGUGAUGCCAUUAUUUCAGGUUCCCAAGAUCAAGUUCUUAUCACUAGAGAUGAGAACCUCUCAGACAAAAUCCAGAUAAAGGAGAUCUACAGCAAAAAGGCAGUGACUAACGCUGCCCAACCUGAAGAGAAAGAAUCGUUUCAAAAAGAUACUGCAGGUUCCAGUGAUGCUGCUGCUGCAGAGCACUCAGCUCAACUACAAGACACAAAGGUUCAAAGCCCAUCAGACACCAAAGCCAUUAAACAGAAAGAGGAGAUCCAUAGUAAGAGGAUAGUUCCUAAGGAAGCCUGGUCAGAAAAUAAAGAAUCCUCGCAAAUAGAUGUUGAAGAGUCCAGAGGUCAUUCAGAAUUUGAAAAUACUACCCAUUCUGUGUUCAGGUCAGCCAAGUUUUACUUUCAUCAUCCAGUACAUCUACCAAGUGAUCAAGAUAUUGGCCAUGAAUCCUUAGGGAGGAGUGUUUUCAUGAAGCAUUCUUGGAAAGAUUUCUUUCAGCAUCAGCCAGACAAACAGAGAGAACACACUUUUCUUCCUUCCCCUUAUCAAAAUGAGGAAAAGAUGAAGACAGAUGAUACCAGAAUUGAGAGUCUCAGUAUCGAUGUAAACUUGGAGAACAAAGAAGCGAUACAGCCUACUAACACUCAGGCUGCAGAUCAUGCAAAAUGUGACAAACCAAUUAGUGAACCAAAAAAGAGUGAUGAGGUCACUCCAGAGCCAACAACUCAGCACACUGCAAGUUUGAAUGAACUCUGGAACAAGUAUCGGGAGCGACAGAAGCAACAGAAACCUCCAGGGUUCAGUGACAGGAAAGAACUGUCUUUGGUGGAGCGACUUGAUCGUUUGGCAAAACUUCUUCAGAACCCCAUCACACAUUCCCUUCAGCCCUCAGAAAGUACACAGGAUGAUAGCAGAGGGGAUCGAGAUGCUAAGGAAUGGAGUGGUAGACAGCAACAGCAGAAAAACAAGCUUCACAAAAAGAAGCGGUAUAAAAGUUUAGAGAAAUGCCAUAAAAACAAAGGAGAUCUUAAAAACAAGGUGCUUUCUACUCAUCAAGCUGGGAAGUCCAAUCAUAUUAAAAUUGAACAGGUUAAAUUUGAUAAAUAUGUUCUGAGAAAACAGCCCUGUUUUCAUUAUAUUAACAACACUUCUUCAGAUUCUAGACCCUCAGAGGACAGUGAGCUGCUCACAGAUACUGCCACCAAUGUCCUUUCCAGCACCACUUCUCCUGUGGAAUCAGAUAUAUUGACCCAGACAGACAGAGAAGUGACUUUGCAUGAGAGGAGCAGCUCUAUUUCCACCAUUGACACUGCCCGAUUGAUCCGGGCCUUUGGCCAUGAAAGAGUUUGUCUGUCACCCAGGCGAAUUAACUUAUACAGCAGCAUCACUGACCAUCAGCGGAGAUACAUUGAGAAGCGGAGCAAGAACAUGAAGAAAGCAUUGAGCAUGGGUUAUCCCCAAAUGACUUGUGAGCACACCAGAAGGAAACACAUCCAGGUACAUGGCUACAAAUUUCCUCUGGCAAUGUGACUGCCUUUUUCUUGGACUUUCUAGUUAAGCUUUGCAUACAGGUGAAAAAAAAGCCAUUUGCCUUUCCUCACUAUAACAUUUCUUACCAACUGGAAAAGAGUUAGAAAGUAUAGUAGUGUGCAAUUGUGAGUUGUCAUUCUUUUCAUCAACACUCAUUUAUAAAUGACCAUUUGGAUGAAGGGCUUUGCUGCUCAAUGCUUCAGAAUCUACAAAGUAUACCCCUCGCACAGGGGAGCUUUGAGUUUAGAAUGACCUCCAUUCUGAACAACGUUGCCUGGGUUGUUUUAUUUUGUUUUUUGUUUAUUUAUUCCUUCCUGUCUUUCAAGAAAUUUUGAGUUGCUUUUAAACACACAAACGCACAC